UUCAAGGAUGAAGACCAAAGCUAGCUUCAGUUUUUCAUCCCCAGGCCGGACUCUUCAUAGUUCAUUCUCUUUCUUUCUUUUCUAAUAAGUUUUGCAUCCGAAAAAUCAAAUCACUGAAGCAGCUCCACCAUGACCGAUCAAGAAAACCACCACCACCAUCACCAUUUACACCGUCCAAAUCGGCUUUCACUCCCAUCACGAAACCCUAAUUUCUCCACCACCACCACCGCACCAGGUUCUACUAUCAUCACAUCAAGACAAUACCCUCUAUACCCGUACUCUUCAGCAUCAACACCAACUCCAACCCCAUCAAAACAACGCCUUCUUACAUCCAACAGUCGAUCCUCAUCAUCCAGCAACACAAAUUCACUAUCUUUUCUGUUCCUUCUUCUCUUUUCACUUCGUUCACUCUACUCUCUUCUUCCAUUCCUCCGUUCUUCUCCAUCUUUCUCACUUUUCCCUUUCUCUUUUCUCGUAUCUCUCUGUUCGUUUCUUCUUACUUUCUCAUUCUCUUUCUUUUCAUCUUCGAAAUCUAAACAGAAAAUUGGGGAACCCAUCUUCUCAAUUUCAUCGAUUACUCCGACUCAAAAAAGACUCCUUUUUUCUAAAUCUAUAGUCCUUGCUGUUGUUUUUCUUCUUAGAUUUCAAGCUUUGAGAUACUGUGGUACUUCAGCUACAAUUCUUGCUGAAUUUACUGGGAGUGUUGCUGGGAAAUUUGUUUUCGAGGGGAAGAAUCAUCGGAAUGUUGGUGGAGAGGGGAGUAAUGCGUCAAAGGUUCGUGGGUUCUUAGCUUUGUUUAUUGGUUUGUUUCUAUUGUCUAUUAGUUGGGAUCGAAUUGAAUGUUUUCCUUUAUCUGGUAAUAAAGAUGGAGUUUUUAUGAUGAAGAUGAUACCUGGUGAGAACUGUUAUAGGGUUUUACCAAUGUUGCUUCCAUUUUUGUCUGGGUUUCUAGGGAGUUAUGAAAGAGUGUCAAUGAAUUGGGGAACGAUUCGGCAAUUGGGUAGGAAAAGGGUUCGAUUAAUUUGUUUGUUUUUUACCACAAUUGUGCUGUUCUUUCCUGCUAUUAUUAGCUUUUUCUUGUCAAAUGAAGGAAGAGAUGGUGUUUCCGUAAUCAAUCUUGGUUGGCCAUUGGCGAAUACUGUUGUGUUUGGGGUGCUACUGACUGAAAACUUUGGUGAUGAUAGCAAGUUAACGAGUUCGAAAGAUUAUCAGAGGAAUUUUGUUGUGACAUUUGUGUGUACUCUUGUGCUGGAGCUUUUUUACUUUCCAGAGCUUUCGCUUUGGGGUCUCCUGUUGUGUGGGUUUUUGUUGUGGAUAUCUGUUAGGGAAUUGGCUAGUUCUUCAAAUUUUCCGGAAUUGGGUUCAGAUGCUUCAGAGUCGUUCUCUUCAACUAUCAUGAAACCUAUUAGACACAUUCUAAGCGAAAGGAAAUCUAGAAAGAUAGCACUGUUCCUUCUAAUUAACACACUAUACAUGGUUGUGGAAUUCGUGGCUGGAUUCAUGAGUAACAGUCUUGGAUUGAUAUCAGAUGCAUGUCAUAUGUUGUUUGAUUGUGCUGCUCUUGCCAUUGGUUUGUAUGCUUCAUAUAUCUCGCGGUUACCUGCGAAUGGCCAGUUUAAUUAUGGGCGUGGCAGGUUUGAGGUUCUUUCGGGUUAUGUUAAUGCUGUUUUCCUUGUCUUGGUUGGAGCUCUUAUCGUGCUUGAAUCAUUGGAGAGAAUUCUGGAUCCUCAGGAGAUUUCAACUAGUAGCUUGCUAACUGUAUCCAUUGGUGGUCUGUUGGUGAAUAUGGUGGGUUUACUAUUCUUUCACGAGGAACAUCAUCAUGCUCAUGGCGGAGGUGGAUGUUCGCACUCCCACUCUCAAUCACCACAUUUGCACUCUCAUGACCAUGACCAUGUUGUGCAUGAUCAUGGAUCCUCGGAUAAUCAUAACCACAAUGGUCAUAGUCACCAUAACAAUGAGUGUGGAGGAACCCACAAGAUUGAAGGUACCACCAGUCACGAUGAUCACAAAUGUGACGGUCAUCAUCAUGGCCACACUCACAAGCAUGAUCACCAUGACCACCAUCAUGAUGCCCAUCAUUCUCAUGAGACUCCAGUCACCUCUUCAAGUAAUCUGCAGCAGCACUCUCAUGAAGGUUGUACGCAUUCCAAGUCUCACACUCAAGAAAAAGCUUGCAGUCACAGGGAUCACCAAAGUUCUUCUAGCAUCCAUUCUCACCAGUCAGAUUUGCAUGCCCAUCAUUCUCAUGAAACUCCAGUCACCUCAUCAAGUAGUUUGCAGCAGCACUCUCAUGAAGGUUGUACGCAUUCCAAGUCUCACUCUCAAGAUAAAGCUUGCAGUCACAGUGAUCAUCAGUUAGAUUUACAUCACCAGUCAUCUGAACAUGACCAAUUGAAAGAAAAGUUGCUGGAAACGAACCCACUAAAGGUACCACAGAAGCAUCACCACCACGUUGACCACAAUAUGGAAGGCAUAUUCUUACAUGUUUUAGCAGAUACAAUGGGAAGUGUUGGGGUUGUUAUUUCCACUCUCUUAAUCAAGUACAAGGGUUGGCUUGCAGCAGAUCCUAUCUGUUCGAUUUUUAUUUCAGUUUUGAUCGUAUCUUCGGUUAUCUCAUUGUUAAGAAACUCCGCAGAAGUUUUGCUGCAAAGAGUUCCUAGAGCUCAUGAAGGGGACCUAAAAGCGGCUUUAGAUGAUGUGUUGAGGAUAAGCGGAGUUCGUAGCAUGGACAAAGUGCAUGUUUGGAGCUUCACAAACACAGAAGUUGUUGGGACACUCCAUCUUCAUGUCUCUGCAGACACGGAUAAGGCUUCUACCAAGUCACGGGUGUCACACAUACUGGGUAAUGCCGGAAUCAAGGAUUUGACCAUUCAGGUUGAAUAUAUCAAGGAAAGUUAAGAGGAAGAACCAUAGCUUACGAACCAUGCUCUCUUCUUUGUCAUGCUACUGAAGGAUCUAGGUUUGAAGCUAAGCAAACUUAUAAACAGGAAUAUACCCUUUGGUGUUGAUAAAUUCCUUUGUCAAUUGAAGCAUAUAAUGGAUGUCUGAAUUGCUGAUUUGGCUACGCGGGGAUGCUUAAUUCUAUGCCAUGUUGGCGAUUAUGUACACCACACACCACACUCAUACGACUACCUUAUUCAGAUGCCUUGCACUGGAAGCAGACUGUACAUUUUUGAUGCUUGUGCAGUCGAGCUCAAUUUGCAGGUUCCGUCCAUUUCAAUCCGUGUUUCCAUUUUCUGAUUGAAGUCGACAUAUAAUUGUAUUUUAUCAUGCAUUUCAUAAGUUUUGCCUUAUUCUGAUUGUCCCCUAAGGGUGUUAUCUGGAACUAGCAAUGGGAAGAGUAACACAAAACACAAUACAUUGUCUUACAGAUAGUCUAAUUUUAUAAUGGUUUCAUCUGUUGCCAG